AUGAAGGCCAACAUAUUCCCUCGUGUAGCGUUUGGGCUGGUGGUGGGCGGCAUCGCCACCUCGUGGGUGUUGACCAUGUCCCUUGGCCACAACGAAGAUGGACGGCUCCCCUACAUCAGCGAAACUGAACGCUACGUGUUCACGUUCGCGCUGAGCUGCGCGGCGGUGCUGUUCGCGCUGUCGGCCUACCUGCUGUUCCGCCACCUCAAGGACCGAUUCCAGGACGUGGCCGACUUCUACUACGGCUUCGCGCACGAUCGUGGCACCGUGAGCAUCGCCGAUGACGUCGGCGGCGAUGACGGCCGCUACAACCGGGAGCGCAUCAUCCUCCUCGGCAGCGAGCGCAUGAUGCUCUCCCUCCUGCCCAAGGCCAACUACGUGGCGCUCGGGCUGUCGCUGCUGGCCUGCGCGUGCCUGCUGUUCCUCGCCGUGGUGGACCUCAAGGAGGCGCGCUACUACCACGGCUCGGCGUCGGCCAUGUUCUUCGUGCUGGGCAUCCUGCAGGGACUGCUGCUCACCUCGCUCACCUACGCCCUGUGGCGAGUCCAAGCCUUGCAUAGUGGCCGCAGCAACUUCCACUUCUACGCCAAGGUGUUUACGCUCUUCAUGUGCCUCUUCUGCACCUUCCCGCUGGCGCUGGUCGAAGGUCUCUUCAUUGGCCUGGCCAAGCUGCACCUUAGCGCUCAACCGGAGGCAUUGGUCUUGGCUGACGCACAGUCUCACUUUUUCCCCAUUCAUGUCAGCGACGACGGCCUGCACAACGUGGGAACGGUCAACCAGUACCUUCUCACGCUGUCGCUGCUGCUCCACUUCUUCUGCUACUCGGCUGAGUUGAGCGCCGUCGACAUCACCUUCCACCUCCAGUUCGCCGCCGUCGACCGUAUCAUCGCGCUGGGCGGCAGCUCGUCGCUGUCCACGCGAUCCAGCAGGUUCUUCGACGAAGAGGACCGGACCCUGGGCGCCGCCGAGGCCGGGCGUCGGUUCGGAAGCAACGUCAUCAGCCUAAACGCGAAAGAGUACGAAGAAGACGAUGCCGACGAUGACCAGCUCGAGGGCGGCCGGGGCAUUCGCUUCGUCAACAAGGGCAGCAGCGCGGGGCGAGAGAUGCACGAGAUCAUCCCCGUGGAGGUGCUCGACCUCAAUUCCUGA